GUCCACUUUCUAUUGCUCCAUCUUCAAGCGCCGAAGCAACUAAGAACUAAUUUUACCCAAUUUAACUGCCCGUCUGCACCUAAGCUACCAUCCAUCAGCUCCCGUCCCAUCAAUACAAAAACAAAUAAACUUGCGCUCCCAACUGCGCGUCCUCUCCUUGUUUCAUAAUAAACAAGAGUCGCCGUCUGCAGUCUCUACCGGCCUUCACUCUUUCACUACCCGUACAUAUCGAGUCUAAAACAGUAAAGACAAUCAGCAUAAUGGCUUACAACAGACCCUAUAACCCGGACGAACUGCCAAGAUUCGCAGAGCCUGAGCAGAAGGGCAGCGCACCGAGUCAGUCCGCUAGAUACGAGAGCAAACCACCGCCGCCUGUCCCUGGUGCUGGUCCUCGACACGACAGCAUCCCACCUCGUCGCGCUGAACCAGGACGCCUGACUCCUACUGGCUACGCCCCAAGUGGCUCGCCGCACCCAGGCAGCUACAGCAGCAACGGCGGCGGCCAUAGCAAUAGCUACGACAACUACAACUACAGGCCAAAACCGCAUUCGACCAUGUCGCCACCACCUUCCGCGUCAGGUCCGCGACCAGUGGCGCAUAAUCGCCCGCCCCCCGCGAGUCGACCACCGCCUUCGCCUACCCCGGGGGAAGGCGCUGCUGACCCGACGCUUCUGCCUCUGUUCAGAGCUGUUGAUAAAGAUGGCACAGGCCAACUCUCCGAAAAGGAACUCUCAGCUGCUCUCGUAAACGGCGACUGGACAGCUUUCGACUCGCAGACGGUGCGCAUGAUGAUUCGCAUGUUCGAUAGCGACCGUUCGGGUACUAUCGGGUUCGAAGAGUUCUGUGGGUUGUGGUCAUUCCUGGCAUCCUGGCGCGCGCUCUUCGACCGCUUCGACGCCGACCGAAGUGGCAACAUCUCCCCCGACGAGUUCAGCAACGCUCUUAUCGCCUUCCGCUACCGCCUCUCCCCUGGCUUUGUGGACCUGCUGUUCCGAACCUACGAUAAGCGCAACGAGGGUGUCAUGAGUUUUGACUUGUUCGUCCAGGCUUGCAUUAGCUUGAAGCGCAUGACGGAUGUCUUCAAGAAGUACGAUGAGGACCGCGAUGGAUACAUUACCCUGAGCUUCGAGGAUUUCUUAGUGGAGAUCUUGAAGCAGCUUAAGUAAGCACUAAUCGCGAGAUCGAGGAGAGAAAUUGCCCGGGGCUGAUAGGAAAGGCGGAUUAACACUACGUUGGGCUGGGGCGGAAAGCCGUUGGUGUGUAUAAACGGACUCAUCUAUGGAGCGGCCCUCCGAGACGACGGAGGUAUAUAGGCGUGGGUAGGCCCCAGUUUCCUCGGUUCAAGGGCAAGGCGUGCGUUCAAGCAUUUAGUCGUAUGAGCAAGCUCGUGCCUAAUCAUGGAACUUGAGCUAAAUGGAAGCAUUCAAAUCUGGAAUGGAGCGGCAGUGAGCAUGCGAAGCGAUACGGGUGAGGCAGGUCCAAGGAUCUUUUUUCUCAUGUGUUUGCGGUAGAUACCAAAUUUAUACGGGAAGGGGAGAAUGAAUGAAUUUGCCUAGCUAAUAGCGAA